GUCAGUUCGACUCCGGUUCUGGUGCGGGUACUGGGAGAGUAAAGGUCAGUUCUCGGUUAAACAGCGCUGUAGGGCCGGUAAUGCGGGAGGAUACAGGGUGUACCGACUGACCUCUGGAGCAUUUCCGUCUAAAUGAAGUUUUCGUGGUUCCUGGUGUGGAAUACUCAGCCGUAGUUGGUGCGACUGGGCUGUAAAUUCCUCAACUAACGUCCGGGGAUUGAUGAGCACUGACACGGAGAGACAAACCGGUUUUACGGAGUGCUAUUUCAGUACAAAAUGUGCGACUUUCACGCCUGUAGAACACAUUAAGCGUCCCCGUGAACCUGUGGAUCACUUCCUACAGUAACGCUGCGAGUAGAACUUCAGACCAGAACUUUGAGGCGACCGUUGACUUUGACAUGAACGACGGUUACAUUUCCGAUAAAUUUCAAUUUUUUGGAUUCUAAUGCGCGAGCGGCUCUAGAAGCUUCUGUUCGGACUCCGCGCCGCGCUCGUGCUCGCGCUCGUGCUCGUGCUGCUCCACAGGUCUGCAAGUUCUCCCUGAUUAAGUGGCUCCGGACGAACCAUGUCUAACAUCUCAGCGACCGAGAAAGUGGACGGCUUCACCCGCAAAUCGGUGCGCAAGGCGCAGAGGCAGCGGAAGUCUUCGAGCUCGUCCCGGUUUCGGAGCAACAGUUUGUCGGAGGAGCUGUCAGCACUGCCGUCGCUCAGAGAUGCUACCUCCACAGAGCAGCAGGACUUGUUUGUGCAGAAGCUGCAGCAGUGCUGCAUGUUGUUCGAUUUCUACGACUCGGUCACCGAUCUGAAGAGUAAAGAGGUGAAGAGGGCCACGCUCAACGAGCUGGUGGACUACGUGUCUAUCAACAGGGGCGUGCUGGUGGAGUCCAUCUACCCCGACAUCAUCAACAUGAUCAACGUCAACUUGUUCAGGACUCUGCCUCCGAGUGAAAACCCCAAUUUCGAUCCUGAGGAGGACGAACCCACACUGGAGGCCUCAUGGCCGCACAUUCAGCUGGUGUACGAGUUUCUUCUGCGUUUCCUGGAGAACCCAGACUUUCAGCCGAGCACUGCCAAACGCUACAUCGACCAGAAGUUUGUGAUGCAGCUGUUGGAGCUGUUUGAUAGUGAAGACCCCCGGGAGCGAGACAUCCUGAAGACCAUCCUGCAUCGCAUCUACGGCAAAUUUCUGGGUCUGCGAGCCUUCAUCCGCAAACAAAUCAACAACAUUUUCUUACGGUUCAUUUACGAGACUGACCACUUCAACGGAGUGGCUGAACUUCUGGAGAUUCUAGGCAGCAUCAUUAAUGGAUUUGCUCUGCCGCUGAAAACCGAGCACAAGCAGUUCCUGAUGAAGGUGCUGAUCCCCAUGCACACUGCUAAAAGCCUCGCCCUGUUCCACGCUCAGUUGGCCUACUGUGUGGUUCAGUUCCUGGAGAAGGACCCUACACUCACAGAGCCGGUGAUCCGGGGACUUCUGAAAUACUGGCCCAAAACCUGCAGCCAGAAAGAGGUGAUGUUCCUGGGUGAACUGGAGGAGAUCCUGGACGUGAUCGAGCCCACGCAGUUCAAGAAGAUUCAGGAGCCUCUGUUUAAACAGAUCUCUCGGUGUGUGGCGAGCCCUCAGUUUCAGGUAGCAGAACGAGCACUGUACUUCUGGAACAACGAGUACAUCCUGAGUCUGAUGGAGGAAAACAUCGACAAGGUCCUGCCCAUCAUGUUCGGCAACCUGUAUCGGAUCUCCAAAGAGCACUGGAACCAGACGAUUGUAUCUCUGGUGUACAACGUGCUGAAGUCUCUGAUGGAAAUGAACACCAAACUGUUUGAUGAACUCACGACCACUUACAAAACUGAAAGACAAAGAGAGUUGAAAAAGGGGCAGGAGAGGGAGGAACUGUGGAGAAAACUGGACGCACUGAAGAUCUCCAAAUCUCAGAACAACAGCCACGGCCUUUCAAACUCCAUAAACACAAACAACAACAACAACAAUCUGGGGGACCGGGACAGUGUAGCCGUCAGCUCUUCACACAGUGUACACACACACACUCACACACACAGUACUCCGUGCAGCGAAUGAUCCUGCCAUGGACAGCGUCUCCACUCACACCAGCGUUCUGUCCCUGACUCCAGACGUCCCAGACUUUUUCAAUUCUACCUGUAUCUGUUUUUAAUGGGACGUUCGGUGGUUAUGCACUCUAAUGAACCAGGUGGGCGUGUGCUCAAAUCUCUUAUACUGUCACAUUCUGAGUGAAACCACUUUUGUGCUCAGUACCGAUGCAGACUGUCUGUACGAGGCAUUUUCAGCAGUGUGUGCGGCUGAAAACACAAACAUGGACAUGUAGAACAUUUUGAGGAUGUAUGAGGUGGUUAAUACUCUGCGUUUCCGUCAUAAAUUGCAUAACUAUCAAGUGUUGGGAUUUAAACUCAUUUUAUUAUGUCAACAUGGCACUCAGGUUCGAAAAGGCCGGUCUAGAGAAGCAGUUUUUGUACUCUGAUCUGAGCAGUCCUGGUGGGACAUCCAACAACAUCCACUUUUUAAAAAUCGUUGUAUGAUUUUAAUCUUCUUAUUCAGUAUGAGUCUCAUUUGUGUCUGUUUUCCAAUCACAAUAAGCCCAGACAUGCUUCUUGGGGGGAGGAUGCGUCAUAAUCACUACCAUGGCUGAUGUUUUUGUGAGGAAAACAUGAUCUGCUGCGGUUUAAAAUUGUAAUUUUAAUAAAGAUAAUAGAAUGAAAUAACGGAAUUAUAAUGACGAACAUUUUUACUCACAGUAACCCAACAGGCAGCUUUUAAAGGAUAGCACGAUGCAUCCUGAGCUUCUCUCUAGAGGUGGAAAGAGUACUAAAAUAUUGUACUCAAGUAAAAGUACUAUUACAUUGAUGAUUUUUUACUCAAGUGCAAGUCAAAUUACUAGUCUAAAAUCUAAUCAAGUAAAAAGUAACUAAUGUAACAUGACUUUUUUAACAGAAGGAGGGACAUUAUUUUCCAACAGAAGUUGAUAGAUGAAUGAUACAGCAGACGACACACAGCUCACCAGCCAUGCAGCAUAUUAGCAGUUCAUGUGUGGAUGUAACCACUCUACACACCUAACACACUGCAACUGCUGUUGUCUAUUCAAAACAGCAUUAUUUCUGUUUAUCCUCAAUAAAUCGCUGUAUUUUAUAGCUUGUUGGACUAACUUGGUUCAGGUCAAUAGUGCCAACUAGGGUUGCCAACUUUCAGAACUGGAAAUAAACACCCUGGGCUGAACCGCGACCCAGAUCAAUCACACAGCAGCAGAAAAUCAUAACCACUUAUCUGCUUACCUGAUCUAUAUCCGUGUGUUGUUCCAUUAGGGAUAUAAUCCACUUUAUAUAAGACCAUCUUGUAUGUUUCCAGAAUAUAUAAAUCCAGACCCAACUGUUUUAUCCACCUAACUAAUGAAACCUAUUGUAGAUCAUUUAUUCUCUCGGCUUUCCCGGUAAAAAACUGAAAUUGGUGAUUCAUUCACUAAACUGUCAUUUAUACAACAACCAAUGAAGAAAGAGAUUAAAAUUCUGCCCAGAAUCUGAA